AUGGGAAGAUCUCGUAUGCAACGGUUUGCCGAAGAAGGCAAUGAGAUUUCAGAGACGACCAGCAGCAUUCCAAUGCCUGUGGCCAUGUGGGAUUUCAAACAUUGCGAUCCGAAGCGUUGCUCUGGAGUCAAGUUGGCGAGGACGGGUAUGCUCAAGACACUAAAGUUGAACCAACGCUUUCGAGGCAUUGUUGCUAGUCCAGUGGGUGAAAAGGCUGUAUCUCCUGCUGAUCGACGUAUUGUGGAGAUGUAUGGUGCAUGCGUGGUGGAUUGUUCUUGGGCACGUGUUGAUGAGGUACCAUUCAACAAGAUCAAGGGUCCUACCGAUCGUUUAUUGCCAUAUCUGGUUGCUACGAAUCCUGUCAACUAUGGUAAACCGUGGAAACUCAAUUGUGCUGAAGCAUUGGCUGCCAUCUUUUAUAUCACGGGUUUUCCUGAACAUGGUGCUGCAUUGAUGGGGAAGUUCAAGUGGGGACAUGCAUUUGAAGAAGUCAAUGGUCCUUUAUUGGAAAAGUACGCUGCGUGUGCGGAUUCAACAGAGGUUGUACGUGUGCAAAAUGAAUAUCUCAAAGAGCUGGAAGAAGAGGACGAAGAACGGAGGAAACAAGAGGAUGACGAUGAUCCAUUGUUAUUUGAAAACACCAAUCGACAAUACGACAUGCCUGAAGAUGAUUCCGAAGAUGAGGACUCUGAAGAAGAUGAAGACGACUCUGAUGAUAAUGAUGAUCCACUCUUAUUCCGCAAUCCAAAUCAUCACCAUGACGACAGCGAAGAAGAAGAUUCAUCGGUCGAAGAAAUACAAGAUAAACUAGGCAACACUAUCAUCCGCUGA